AUGGACCUCCAUGAGUCGCAGACAUUCGCUGCGAGCCGUCGCACACCUUUUCAAAACAAGGUUACAGUCAGAAACGACCCUUCUAUGUUUCUUGCAAUGCGAGAGCAAAACAAAAACCUAGGCUCGUCAGAGGCCGACCGACGGAAGCGCGACCGCGAGGAUGCAGACAACCCGCUUACUUUCCUUCACCUAACGUCCGCCGAGAUCAACCGCCUAUACAGGUUCCCUAUCCUGCGGCGCCGCGUGGUACAGCAGACAGGCAAGGGGAAGAUUCCGCGGCAGCACGUUGUGAUGGUCGUGGGGAAUCAGAACGGGCUCGUGGGCAUCGGCGAGGGGAAGGCGCAUGAGGCACAGCGCGCGACGCAGGCGGCGCUGAAGGAGGCCGUUCGGAACAUGGACUACAUCGAGCGGUUCGAGGACCGCACGAUCUGGACAGAGAUGGAGGGCAAGUUCGCGUCGACGCGUGUCAUCAUGCGCCCGCGCCCCGUCGGGUUUGGCCUGCACUGCAACCCGAACGUCUACCAGGUGCUCAAGGCGGCAGGGAUCAAGGACAUAAGCGCGAAAGUGUGGGGUAGUCGCAAUCCGCUGCAGGUGGUUAGGACGUUGAUGCGCAUGCUGAUGCCGGGGCAUUCGCCGUUGGGGAUGGGCGAUGGUGUCGGAGGGCAGGGGCGCAGACUGGACAAGGGCUCUGGGCUGCGGGCGAAGGACGACCUCGAGCGGGAAAGGGGCAGGAAGCUUGUCCCGACAAGGUUGUGA